UUAAUUCGGUGAUAACAACAAUUAUGACAAUGACUUCGUCCAAAAGUAGCAAGAGUGGGAACAAAGACGGCGAAAAAUGGCCACAAAUUCUCGUGGCUUUCAUUGCAACCAUUGCUGUUUUCGCUACGGGUCUCCAUGUCGGAUGGUCAGCACCAUCUUUACCUCAACUCUUCUCCGAUGAGUACCCUUUUGACGUCUCAGCAGAGGAAGGUUCAUACAUAACAAUAAUAGGAAAUUUGGGGGCCUUCUUCGGGAGUUUCAUCGGAAACUUUAUUCUCGACAAAAUCGGGCGUCGCCUCUGCACCAUCCUCAUUGCUGUCCCUCAAAUAAUUUCCUUUUUGGCAAUUAUAUUGUCGUACCAGAUCAUGGAACUAUUGUAUGUGGGUCGAUUUAUAGGAGGAUUGGCAGAAGGAAUGGUUAAUACCAUCAUAAUCAUCUACGUGGGUGAAAUAGCAGAACCGUCCAUCAGAGGAAUUCUGGGUGUGAUGACCGGAAUCGCGUGGUACUUUGGUAUACUAUUCGCAAACAUCGUUGGGUCGUACCUAUCCAUACGGACGACCGCUGGAAUUUUCAUAGCGUUUCCGGUACUCUUCGUUGUACUGUUUUGGAGGAUGCCCGAGAGCCCGUACUACCUCCUCAUGAAGAAAAAAGACGAAGAAGCUGAACGCGUGUUGAAGUUUUUGCUCAGAAAAUCAAACGUGAACGACGAUCUGACGAAACUACAAGUUGAUGUCGAUCGCCAGAUGUCAGAAACUGGUACUUUUAAAGAUAUCUUCACUAUUGAAUCAAACCGAAGAGCUUUCUUCGUAACGGUAGGUGCCAGAUUCUUCCAACUAACCACGGGAGUUGCCGCGAUGAACUUCUACAUCCAGAUUCUCCUAAAAGAGGCAACUCAAAGUAUAGCACCUCAUGUUGGUGCUUCCAUCGUUCUUCUAAUCCAACUCGUCAUGACCGUGUUAAAUGUCUUCGUUGUGGAUAGGUGGGGUCGCAAACCUCUUUUCCUCGUUUCGAUAAUGGGCUGCUUUGUCAAUUUGGUGCUGCAGAUGAUUUUCUUCAUAUUUAAAGAACACACUAGUGUUGAUACUUCGGUGGUUGAUUGGUUUCCGUUGGUGAUGAUGAUGGUACUCAUUUCUGUGUAUUCGUUAGGUUUGGGAUCGGUCGUCAGUGUUUUGACAAGUGAGAUGUUUUCAGCUAGUAUUAAAGCGAAAUUGAUUUGUAUGGUGAACGGGUCGUUCUCUUUGUUGACUUUGGCGGUUACGAAGUACUACCAAGCGACGGCUGAUGGGUUUGGCUUGACCGUACCUUUUUCGAGUUUUGUAGCGUUAACUUUUGUCGGAAUAUUGUUUUUCUAUUACCUUGUGCCUGAGACUAAAGGGAAGACUUUGGAACAAAUUCAGCAGAAGCUAAAAGGGGAUCGGAAAGAGAAAAAACUUAAAAAUGUAACGUAGAUUUUAAAAUUACAGAUACUUUUUUAUUGCAG